AUGGUCGUCCUCGCAGCCUCCAUCUGUACCCGCGGCGGGAAAGCUGUCCUCUCCCGCCAGUUCAGGGAGAUGCCACGAUCGCGCAUCGAGGGACUUCUCGCCUCCUUUCCCAAGCUCGCCGACUCCGGAACCCAGCACACCACCGUCGAGCAGGACAAUGUUCGAUUCGUGUACCAGCCGCUGGACGAGCUCUACAUGGUCCUCAUCACGAACCGCCAGUCCAACAUUCUGCAGGACAUUGACUCUCUGCACCUCUUCGCCCAGGUUGUCACCAGCACAUGCCGAACCCUCGACGAGCGCGAGAUUCUGAAGAACGCCUACGAGCUGCUCAGUGCCUUUGAUGAGCUCGUGACACUGGGCUACAGGGAGAACCUCACCAUCAGCCAGAUUAAGACCUUCCUGGAGAUGGAGAGUCACGAGGAGCGGAUCCAGGAGAUCAUCGCGAGGAACAAAGAGCUCGAGGCCACCGAGGAACGCAAGCGCAAGGCGAAGCAGCUCGAGAUGCAGCGCAAGGAGACGGCGAGGACGGGCCGCGCCGGCGGCGGCAUGCCCAGGACCCCUGUGUACCCGACCUACACCCCACCUGCUCGCCCGACGACGACCGACACGUACGACUCGUACGAGGCCGAGAAGAACAAGACGUUCAACAAGGCGAACGCCCCCAAGGGCAAGGGCAUGCAGCUGGGCAAGAAGUCCAAGACGACCGACAUGUUCGAGCGCGUGCGCGGCGAGAUGGGUGCCGAGGUCGAGGACAGCCCCCUGAUCGUGCCUGUCGUGCAACACGCCGCCGCCGAGCCCGCGGCGGAGCGCGCGUCCACAACCAUGGACCGGGACGCGAUCCACGUCACCGUCACGGAAGCCAUCAGCGCGAAGCUGUCCCGCGAGGGCGCCCUCAACUCCCUCUCCAUCAGCGGUGAUCUCACCCUCCGCAUCUCAGAUCCCAGCCUCACCAAGGUCAAGCUCAACCUCCAAGCCACACCGACCCAGGGCGCCCAGUUCAGGACGCACCCCAACGUCAACCGCAACCUGUUCAACGACUCCAAGGUCAUCCAGAUGAGCAACGCCGCGCGCGGCUUCCCCGUCAACAACGCCGUCGGCGUCCUGAGGUGGCGUGCCACGCCCAAGGCCGACGACCCCAGCGCCUGCCCCAUCACAUUUACCGUCUGGAUCAACAACGACGGCGGCAAGUACAACCUCACCGUCGAGUACGAGCUGACGGGCGGCGACCCUCUCACCGACGUCAGCGUCGUCAUCCCUUACCAGGCGAGCGAGCCCGUCGUGUCAAGCUUCGAUGCCGCAUACGACGUCUCUGGCGACUCGGUUGAGUGGAACAUUGGCAGCGUGACGGAUGAGAACCCCAGCGGCUCCUUUGAGUUUGAGGCCGAGACGAACGACGAGAACGACUUCUUCCCCAUGACGGUCCGGUUCUCCAAGACAACGCCCUAUGUGGAUGUGGACGUAACGACUGUUUCGUUGCUGGACGAAAACGAAGACGUAACGUUCUCCAAGGAGAUCAAGUCGGUUGCGGACAACUUUGUCAUUGAGUAA